CCAUUUUUUAUCCAUACUGGUAAAUAAGACAUUGUUUUAGGCACCGAGAGCCCCAGGGAGCAUCUGAGAAUUUGUUUUCAUCUGUUUGUUGGCUGUGUGUUGAUAUGCGAUGUAAAUAAAGUUUGGCUUUUCUCUAUCGGACAGUUGUUCCGCCCACUUUUUAUCGCUUCAACGUUUAUUGUGUGUGUUGACUAUUUUCAGCACUGAAUUUUUCACUUUGAGUUGUCAGUGUCUUUUCUGCCAGUGGCUAACAGGGUCUAUUCAGGGGCAGCCUGUCAAAAAGAGCUGAGCUUCUUCUGAUUCAGUGCAUGUCAGCUUCCUUUUGGCUAAUUACCAAAGGCACAGCGGGACCUUGGCCUGUCCUGAAACAACUCAAUGGAUCUCAGUGCAGACUCCGGGACACUCCCCACCCACACCACUGUGGGAGAAUCUGUGUUGGAGCAGGAGCCGUCUCUGCCUAGCGCUCAGUGUCAGACAGAAAGCGGAGGCACCCUCUUGCUCCAGUUGCUGGAAUUUAAAACCCACCUCCUUGAGGCUGUUGAGGAGCUGCAUAUUCGGAGGGAUGCAGAGACGCGCUUUGAGGAUCAGAUCAGUAAAUUGGUGUUGGAGAAACAGGAGCUGGAGUGGGAGAAGGAAUCCCUGCAGCAUCAAACUGAAACAAUGGCAAAGCAGCACACACAGUCACUCAGCAAUGUUAAACAGCAGUUUCAGGCCAUAAUAAGAAGCAUCGAGGAGGAGAAGGGGAAAUACCAUGUCAGUGCUGAGUUAAAAGACAUUGAGAUUAACAACCUGAAAGAAGAGCUGAAGUCGCUACAGUUGCUGAAGUACAACUUGGAGAAGAAAACAAGUGAGCUGGAACAGAAGUUGGCAUUGCAGAGCAGGUCAAAGGACAGCCACUUGAAGCAGCUGGGGGAGGUUGAGAAACGUUUCAUUGUUCUGUCCAGGCAGUGUGCAAUGGUCAAGCAGGCCCACGAGAAAUUAGAGCAGAAUGUGGAUGAGGCCAUGAAAAGAAAUAAUAAACUGACUUCUGUGAAUGAAAAACAAGAGGCAAUCAUAGCGUCACUGAAGAAGGAGUUGGACGAGGUUGGUAACAAGCUGAUCAAGGCAAUGAUGUCAUCAGCUAGAGAUGACAGGAGCCGGAGUCCCAUGGGUGGAGAGCAGAGCAUCCAGCAGCUGCACCAGAAACUUAACGUGGAAAUUGAAAUGAACAAGAAACUCACUGAGGAAAAUGCAGCUGUAAGAGCAGAAAAGCAGGAGGUGAUGAGGUCUACGCAGCACACCCAGCAGCUUCUGUUCUGUCAGACACAGACAGUAAGCAGAGUAGAGUUGGAGCUGCAGACACAAAGAGAGCAGUACCAGGCCCUUAAGCAGGAACACGAGGUGAUGCGAGAGAAAAGCAAGGCAACGGAAGACAAGGUGGCCAAACUGAUGGAGAGCUACGCUGCUUCCAAGACCAGCUGGGACAAAGAGAAGGCAGUGUUUCAGGAUCGCGUCAGGAGUAAGCAGCAGGAGCUUCAAGCUGUGAAUGAGGCUUACAGUGAGCUUCUUCAGAAACACACUGAACUGACCUCGCAGGCCAAAGUGCACACUCAGCUCUUAUAUGAAUUGGAGAGGAGAGACAGCAGUCAGAACCUCAGUGGUGCCACCAAGCUCUUCCCCACUUUAGUGGAAAAAUUCAGAGGAGACCAAACUCUUGUGGAACCCGUCUCCAGCUCUGAGCCACCUAGCUUUGGCAGUUUGCAGCACUUGGCCUCCACUCAGACCAAAAAGCCAGACUGUCUGGAGGACACAGGAGCUGCGACUAUGCUAGAUCAAGACUCCCCAGACCAACGUAAUAAGUCUCAUUUUGAACGUCCCCUAAAUCCUUCAAAUGUGUUUACUUGCGCGCUUACCAACAGCAACCUUUCCAGCCUCUGUGGUGUUCCUGGAACAACAGACAGUGACAGCAGCCUACUGAAGAAGUACAGCAACAACUCUAACACAAGUGAGAGUGAUCCUGUUUUAGUUUCACAUUUGAUUCAAGAUACUUCCUCUUCUGUGUCUGGUGAGGGUUUGCUGAUGAGCAAAGAUAGCUGUGUGAGCAACACAUCAAUCGAUGGAUCUGUAGAUUUAGUGAGCAAAGAAAAGAGUGAUGGAGGAACAAGUGAGGAAGAACAAAGAUGGAAUGAUGAUGUGAAAGGAGGAAAAAGCAACAGAGAAAGGGAGGAAAGAAGUGUGGAGCAAGAGUGGAAUAGAGAAGAAGCCCAAGAAGAAGGUGGAGGAAGUGCUGCAGAAAGCGGAGGAACGCUCAUGGCCCAAACAAAAGAUAGAGCAGACAGACGAGAGGAGAGGAUAGCCUGCAGUGAAACAGAAACAAAAGAAGGAGAGGAGACAGAUGGAGCAGAGGAGAGGGAAAGGACAUGGCCAUGCACACCACAAAACCAGAUACCAACCCAGACAGCUACUGAUACGACUACAGAGAAGAGCAACAAACAGCAGGUCAUUGACCUCAUGGACAGUGAGUCACCACUGGCUGCCUGUGAGCCCUCAAACUGCUCACAAAGUCUCUCGCAGGAAGUCAGCGAGAAGGUUGCAGACUUCAGCUAUGUGAACAAAGAAUAUGAGAUUAGGAGAAAAGUACAGACCUCCUGUUUUGAUGAGCACCAAAGUGUCAGUCAUGGGCCAAACUCUGGCAUUCAAGAGAUGCAACACCUAUGUCAUGAAGAGGUCCACACCUUUGCUCAGGACUUGCUUCAGGUUUCUGAGAAAACUACAGAAGAGAAGCCACCUGACAGAUCAGUGGCCAGCGUCCCCACUGAACUUUCUCAACCUCCGAAUCACUCAAGUAUUUGUAGCUCACAGACCAACACUGCAGUAUCACCUGCUCAGUUGGAUAAUAUUGUCAGUAUCCAAGAGUUAGAGACCACUGCAACACAAACACAACCUAGUAAUCCUUCUGAUAUUACCUCCAACAUGAAGCAAACAGAUGAAAUGUAUCAUGCACAUGUUAGUGAGGAUAUGGUAUUAGUAACAAAAAUGGUUGAACCACAACCUCAAAGUCAGGGGAUCUCAGAAGAGGAGUGUGGACAGCUGAGGUCUGUGGUAACAGAUGAUGGUAAUGACGAUUGUAGUACGUAUAAGAAGAAGAGAGAAGGUCAGUCAAAGGUUGACACAUGGGAAAACUAUGCCUGUGAGGCUGUCCAGGAACCUGUGGAAAAAUCUAACUCAAAGGAAACCUGUAUUGAUAUCACGAUGGAUCCUGGGGACCUUGAAACUGAGGGUGAGACUGGAAGCUGUCAGGAGCGCACGAAAAAUGAAGAAGUAGAUGCAGGAGAUGCAACGAAGACUGACAGCGGAGCUGCUUUGAACAUGUCUGCCCACCCAAGUCAUGAGAAUGAUGCAGUUUUGCAGUUUCCAGCAAAGGAAAUGUUGCUCGAUGUUACUAAUGGGUCAUCUCUGCCCAGCAGCAAGACUUGCAGGUCAGCAUUUGACUGGGACUUUGCUCAGAAAAAGGGAUUCCCAACGUCUGAGCAAGACAGAAGUAGUCCUGGUGGGCUCCUCAGACAUCCUUCCAGCGUAUUACCCAUGUUCCUCAGACACAAGCACAACAAAGCCCCCUUGGUGAAUACCAGGGCGUCAGAUCUGUUGAACGCCUCUAGUGACUCUGGGACUGCAGCUUCCUCAAGGAGCCGCCAGCAGGGAGAGACAUGCAGAAAGAUAGCAACAGCAGACGUGGCCAGUUACAGAGCCGGUUACGAAGUAAGAAGCUUCUCUUUUGUGGCAUACUCACAAAUGAUGCUCAAAAAUGGCAUUAAGCUCCACACAAUAAACCAUCAACCUGAUCUUAAUGUAACAGGAGAGCAGAGCUUCUCUGUCUAUCAGUUCUUUUCCAGUCUCUACAUCCUCUAUCACAGUCAGCAGACUGUCAUGGCAGACCACCCCGGGCAGAGCUCCCUCCUCAGCAGCAGGUCUGAGUUCAGAGACAGACUGGGAACUAUCCUGCUCUCAGGAGAGGGAAGACCAACAGUCAUUAUUUAGAGCUCAGAUCUCCAAAAUCGAAGAGUUUCUCAGCACAGAGAGGCACCAUCUGCCCAAAAGGCGAAGAACUGAUAAUUAAACCACUAAAACCUACUGUUGUAUUGAAGGAUGCUACUGUAUCUGGUUAAAUUACAGAAGUCCUCUUCUGAAGCAUUAGGUUUAAAUGUUCUGAAAGCUUCCACUUUUAGAUCAGACUCACUGAUUUCCUUCCUUCUACCUUUUAGCGGGUUUUAUUUGCAAAAGUUGUGAGCUUAAGCUGUGAAAGCAUGUGCAGGAGUAUCUACUUUUUAGCUUAAAUCGUAGUUUCACGUGACUGUUGUAAAAGUUUUCAACAUUUUACUCGACUAGAAAGCCCCUGUGUUAACAGUUAAUAUAUUUGUGUCACUACACUGGAUUAUAAAAAUUUUAAACAUACAGUUGUAUGUCUAUAAAGCAGUGUUGAAAUGUGUGCAUUAUCAUUUAUACGAAAAAUAAAAGUUUUGGCAUACAUUUGGAUUAACUU